AUGUCUGCCAAUACUUCAACUCUUCCUCAAUUCAAUUCCCCAGCAGAUCUCAAAGAGUUGAAUGAAAGUAAUCAGAAAAUAUGGUCUGAAAAAUUUAUUGCACAAUGGAUGAAUGAUGAGAUUGCUGGCAAUGUUCAAGGACCAUAUGAGAAGCGAGAUCCCCUGACUCAAUUUUUCAACGGCACCCUCGUACCAUACGAUACUACGCAACAGCCUGCAGCAAUUACUUGGAUCGGGUUUCCCAAUCUUGUCGCGGUAAAAUUCGGUGGCAGUGACGACCUCAGGUGGAAGGUUGCUGAUUCGAGUCGUAUUUUCCAAGACGAGUAUCUGGAGUGGUCGCUAUCUCGUGAUGCAAACAAUAAUAUCGCCACUGUAGUGUUUACUUGUGAGGCACCGGAGUACUGGCAAUUUUACUCUUAUGUACAACAAGCAGACGCUAUUUCUUCUAUUAAAAAGAUGAACGACCUCGAUCUGAGUCCAACCGAAGAAGCGGAUUUGUUCCUAACCCCAUUUGACGAUCCCACCAACAGACAGAAAUGGCUUUACAAUCCUACAAAUCCUUACAACUUCGGCACGAAUACCGGUAAAAUAAUCCAUUUGAUUCAACCUGCCAAUACCCUCGGGGCUGAGAUUGACAUCGCCGCUCAAGCCACUGUUAUUCGAAAAGACUCCAAAGGACAAGUUGUCACGAACUCAGAUCAACUGAUCAAGUGUUCUAAGUAUGGCAAUCCAAACCGUAACUCUGAUCCUACAAUUGGCUCCCAAAUCAACGGCUUGGCCAGGCAAGGAAACUCACUUUCCAUCUCUGAUCCAGUUGCACUUUAUAUGCACAAGUUCGACAGUGGCAAGUUUCGGCUGGACGCCAGCGGCAACCGUGAUGGCGACUCAGACAACAUGAUUCCUGUCCCCGAAUCCUGGUUUGAAUUUCAACGUGGUGAUAUCAAGAAAAGCCAAGGACUACGACUUCGAAUCCAGAAUAAUACUGGUCUGAAGACCAACGAUGGAUCAAGACUACUUACUGUCAGCGAUCUUUUUGAUAAGAGCAAGAGUGUAUACGUCAACUACGGAGCACAAUUCGCUGAUUAUAUCACAAUGGGUGUUGCGGGGGUGGUUAUUCCGGGCGGCAAGCCUUCUGAGCCGAUGUCGUGUCCUGCAGCUCCAACUUCGACUGCUGCCGGGUCUGAGAACAAGCCUGCUGUGGACACCGUGAAAACUGCGGUUGCUUCUUCUUCCGCUGGUCCUCGGUCUACAGGUCUUUUCAGACCCGGAAAGAGAUUCUUGUGA